AUGAACCUUCUGCCUUCUUUCUCUACAGAAACAUGGGCCUUUAUACUUCUUUUUGUGGUCCUCCUCCUAGUAUAUGGGAUCUGGCCAUUUGGUCUGUUCAAGAAGUUGGGCAUUCCCGGGCCAAGACCUCUGCCUUUCUUUGGGACAUCCCUGGAAUAUCGCAAAGGUUUCCUGGAAUUUGACACUGAAUGUUUCAAGAAAUACGGGAAAAUCUGGGGGAUUUACGAUGGCAGACAACCCACCCUGGCUGUCACAGACCCCCAGAUCAUCAAAUCUGUGUUGGUUAAAGAUUGUUACACCACCUUCACCAACCGCAGGCGCACGGACCUGGCCGGGGUACUGACCAACGCUGUCUCAUUAGCUGAAGAUGACCAUUGGAAAAGGCUCCGUACUGUGCUCUCUCCAACCUUCACCAGUGGGAAACUAAAGGAGAUGUUCCCUAUAAUGAAGCACUAUGGGGAAGCUUUGGUGAAGAAUGUUCAAAAGCAAGUGAAAGAGAACAGCUCAAUAGCUGUAAAGGACAUCUUUGGGAGCUACAGCAUGGACGUGGUCACCAGCACUUCCUUUGGUGUGAACAUUGACUCCAUGAACAACCCCAAGGACCCCUUUGUCAGAGAGAUGAAGAAACUGGUCAAGUUUGACUUUUUUAACCCAGUCUUCAUCUUGUCAUUUGCUUUCCCAUUCCUUAUUCCUGUCAUGGCCAAAAUGAACGUAAACAUCUUCCCCAGUGAUGCUGUAGAUUUUUUCAUGAGAUCCCUUGCCAAAAUUAAGCAGGAUCGUGAAAAGGAGGCUCACAAGGGCAGGGUAGAUUUCCUGCAGCUGAUGAUUGAAUCCCAGCGCUCAGCCAGCCAGGACAACAAAGAAGCAAAUAACUCAUAUAAAGCCCUGACCGACAUAGAGGUCCUGGCCCAGGCAUUCAUCUUCAUCUUUGCUGGGUAUGAGCCCACCAGCAACACCUUAGGUUUCCUGGCCUACGAGCUGGCCAUGCACCCUGAUGUGCAGGAAAAGGUGCUGCAGGAGAUCGACACAGUCCUGCCCAACAAGGCUCCUCUCACGUACGAAGCAAUUAUGAAAUUGGAAUAUCUUGACAUGACAGUGAAUGAAACCCUCAGGGUCUAUCCCCUUGGGGGGCGGAUUGAGAGAACCUGCAAGAAAGACGUGGAGAUAAAUGGAGUGACCAUUCCCAAAGGAGUCGUGGUCACAAUUCCACCCUACGUCCUGCACCGCGACCCUGAGUACUGGCCCAACCCAGACGAGUUCAGGCCAGAAAGGUUCAGUAAGGAGAACAAGGAGUCCAUAGACCCAUACACAUACCUGCCCUUUGGGGCUGGGCCCAGGAACUGCAUUGGGAUGAGAUUUGCUCUCCUGAUUCUGAAAGUUGCCAUCGUCUCCCUGCUGCAGCAUUUCACCUUCCAGACCUGCAAGGAGACUCAGAUCCCAAUCAAGCUGAGUUCAGUGGGGCUCCUAACACCAGAGCACCCAAUUAUUCUGAAAUUGGUGCCCCGGACCGAGCCUGCCAAGAACUGAAACCCAGCCACAGCCCCCAACACACAGGGACUGCCAUGCUAACAAAGGGAUCACACAUCUCAGGAAAUCUCUCCUACACAUACAGACACAGAA